GAAAAAAAAGAAAAGAAAAGAAGAAGAACGAAGAAGAAAGAGGACCCAUCUUUUUCAAUCGUCCAAAUAAAAUCCCCCGCUAAUCGUUAUCUCUUUUUAGGGUUCCAAUUCCAAAUUUGGGUUUCUCUCUCCGAUCAAUUUUUUUCCAAUUUCAAUCCUUAAAAAAGCCAUUUCACUGACAAAAGCAAGCUCAAUCCAUGGGGACGACACACUAGUAUUACUCUACAAUCAAGCUGUACAUAUUUUUUUUUGGGAAUUUUCUUUUUUCCAGGCCAUUUCCGCACAAACCCUAGGAUUUUGACCUGUUAGGGUUUUUGAUUUUCUCUCUUUGUUGGUAUUUUUCUUUAGUUUCGGAUCCUAUUUCGGCGUACUUCUUCUUGUUUAUUAAGGUUAAGAUUCGAUUUCCAUGUUCUUGUUCUUCGUCUCGAUUAAUUGAGAGUCGCAGACAUGGAUGGUUUUGGUAGCGGAGCUAGAGUUCAAGUGGCAUCUACAUCCGAGGAUCUCAAUCGUUUUGGAGCCAAUUCCACGGAAGAUGCUCUAUUUGAUGCAUCACAGUAUGCAUUUUUUGGCAAGGAUGUCAUGGAGGAGGUUGAAUUGGGGGGAUUAGAAGAUGAAGAGGAUGAUACACUUGCUGCUGGGAUUGAGGAGGAGGAGUUUUUGUUUGAUAAGGAGAGUGAAGACUUUAGGCCUCCAUCUGAUAUUGACGAUCCUGUUUCUUCAUUUGAAAAGGUCAAUGAGGUUGCUAGCAGGCCAAGAGGAGUUAUUGGAGGUCUAUUGAGAGAAAGUUCGUCAGUCAAUCAAUGGGCACACGAGGAGGGUUUCUCUAAUUGGCUUGGCCAGCAUGUCGAAAGUGCUCAGGAAGGCAAAAGAUGGUCCUCACAUCCACAUUCUUCCUCUCUUGCAGAAUCUACAUCUUUGUAUAGGACAUCAUCUUACCCUGAUCAACCGCAGGUGCAGCAAUAUCAUCAACAGUUCUCUAGUGAGCCAAUUUUGGUGCCAAAGACUUCAUAUCCUCCUAGCGGAAUAUCUCCUCAUGCUUCACCAAACCAGCAUUCAAGCCAUUUAAAUAUGCCUUUUGUUUCUGGUGGACGUCAUAUAGCGUCAUUAUCACCAUCAAAUCUCACACCUCCAAACUCUCAGAUUGCUGGUUUUAAUCCUGGUUCACGGUUUGGAAGCAUGCUGCAACUUAACUCUGGCCUCUCUAAUAACGGCGGACCACAAAGCCAAUGGGUCAACCAAACUGGCAUGUUUCCGGGAGAACAUUCUAGUCACCUAAACAAUUUAUUGCCUCAGCAGUUAUCAAAUCAGAAUGGAUUUCCGCAGUUACCACCUCAGCAACGGCAUAAGUUGCAGCAUCCUGUUCAGCCUCCAUUUGGUGGUUCUCUACCUGGUUUUCAGUCCCAUCUUUUCAAUUCCCACCCAUCUUCGGGUCCUCCCCACUUAAUGAACAAGUUGGAAGCCAUGCUUGGCCUACCAGACAUGAGGGAUCAAAGGCCUAGGUCUCAGAAAGGUAGACAGAAUACUCGUUUUAUCCAUCAGGGUUAUGAGACCAAUAGUUUUAGGAAUGAAUUUGGGUGGCCUUUCUAUAGAUCCAAGUAUAUGACAGCUGAUGAAUUAGAGAAUAUUGUUAGAAUGCAGCUCGCAGCAACACAUAGUAACGAUCCAUAUGUAGAUGACUACUAUCACCAGGCUUGUCUUUCAAGGAAAUCUGCAGGUGCAAAAUUGAGGCAUCAUUUUUGUCCUAAUCAACUAAGGGAUCUUCCACCACGUGCCCGGGCCAAUAAUGAGCCACAUGCUUUCCUUCAGGUUGAAGCACUUGGUAGGGUUCCAUUUUCAUCAAUUCGUAGACCUCGACCUCUUCUGGAAGUUGAUCCACCAAGUUCAUCUGUUGGUGGAAGCGCUGAUCAAAAGGUUUCUGAGAAGCCCCUUGAACAGGAGCCUAUGCUGGCAGCUAGAGUUACAAUUGAGGAUGGUCAUUGUCUACUUCUUGAUGUGGAUGAUAUUGAUCGUUUCCUGCAAUUCAAUCAGUUCCAAGACGGUGGCGCUCAAUUAAAAAGACGUCGCCAGGUCUUGUUGGAAGGACUGGCAUCAUCAUUUCACAUCAUUGAUCCACUCAGUAAAGAUGGUCAUGCUGUUGGGCUGGCUCCUAAAGAUGAUUUUGUUUUCUUGAGGUUGGUUUCUCUUCCCAAGGGUCUAAAGCUUCUAACGAAGUACCUUAAGCUGCUUGUGCCAGGAGGUGAGCUUAUGCGCAUAGUUUGUAUGGCCAUUUUCCGUCACUUAAGAUUCUUGUUUGGUAGUGUUCCUUCUGAUCCCGCAUCAGCAGACUCCGUUAGUGAACUUGCAAGAAUUGUUUCAUUGCGAAUCUAUUCUAUGGAUCUUGGAGCUAUAAGUGCAUGUCUUGCUGCCGUAGUUUGUUCCCCAGAGCAACCUCCACUUCGCCCUCUGGGGUCCCCUGCUGGAGAUGGCGCGUCCUUGAUUUUGAAAUCUUGUCUCGAGAGAGCUACACUACUCUUAACCGAUCCUAAUGCUGCGUGCAACUAUAACCUUACCCACCGAUCUCUCUGGCAGGCUUCUUUUGAUGAUUUUUUCAACAUUCUUACAAAGUAUUGUGUGAACAAGUAUGACACUAUCAUGCAAUCACUAGUCAGACACUCUCCACAGAAUGCAGCAGCAGCAGCCUCAGAUGCUGCUGCUGCCAUGAGUCGAGAAAUGCCAGUUGAAGUAUUACGUGCAAGUCUGCCCCACACCGAUGGUUACCAGAAGAAAAUGUUGUUAAAUUUUGCCCAACGCUCGAUGCCUGUUGGUGGAUUUACCAACAGUGUGGCCGAGCAAAGUGUGACCGAGCUCAGUGGCGGUGAUAGCAACACCUUAUGAUCAGGAGGAGUAAGAGCACGUGGCUCUUUAUACAAUCACAAUGAAGAAGCCUGCAAAAUAAUCUCAUCGUCAUAUAUGGAAGGACACCCGUUCCUCCAUUUUGAGGUCUCUCUCUACUGCUCCCUUCAAGUUUCUUUUUCUUUCGGUACAGUGGCGAGAGCAUGCCAAAAAAAAAAAAAGCAGUUCUACUCUCAGAAUUAUUCCUCAUGUUUUUACUUUCGAAAAAUUUGACGCUCAUAAGCAACAGCCAUUGUUAUGUUGGGUUUUAGCUUUCAUUCUUUUUUUUUUUUUUUUUCUUUCCUGGGUUUGGUAGGAGAAGUUUAGAUAGAGAAGAAUAUUAUGAUCUUGAGAAUGGUGGGUGGUUGAGACAUGAUAUUUGUUGAUGGUUGAGGGUUUAGAAUGUACAGGGUUGGUUUGCGACCAAUUUCCCAUGGUCCUUCCCUACUAAUUACCUGAGGAGGUGGUGGGAUUGUUUUUGUGUUUAAAUGUUAUAGUUAUGUGAACACAUUAGAGAGAGAAGUGGAAAAGGAAAACGAAAAGGAAAAGUUUGAUUGAUUCAUAUAUAUGGAAUUGGAUGUUGGUUGUUUUUAGCCCUAAGAAAUAGGGGGGGAAUUCAUAUAUAUCUUAUGGGGAACCUCUUUUUUUAUUUCUUCUUAUUUUUUAUAAGAAAAAAAUUGUAAGGAUGGAAUACUGUUCCCACAAUUUUUUUUUCUUGGGUCAUUUGUAUUUUGGACAUUAUGUUGUGCUCUUGUAUCUUUUCUAUGAAUGAUUAGAGGGAAAUGGAAUAACAUCUUUUUGGUUUA